CAGACUCGGUCCAGCAGAUGGCAGACAUCUCUGCUCACUCAAACCAAUUUUUUUUCCAUUUGAAUAAUAAAUAAGACUGAACAGUGAGUAAUGUUUCAUAUAUCGUAGAAUAAACGUUAGGUGAUUACACUCGUGGAAAAUGAAGAGAAAAAAGAGGGGGCAUUUCACAGUUAGGAGGAGGGUUUCCAAACACCUGUACUGUAUUUCAGAAUACUUUAAAGUCAGAACGGCGCCUAAACGUCAGUGUUGUGCGUCGCAUCCUUUUUGUUAAGAGGUGCAUUUUAUUUACUAGCUGUCAGCGAUAAAAUAAAGUCAAUAUCAACAAUGUUCUUCUGUUGCGUACGAGGGCGUUUUGGCAGAAUUUUUGCGUUGGUUUUCUUCGUGCUUGCAGUUUUGGAGGCAACAGAGUUCGAGGGUCGACCCCAGAAGAUGCGGGAGAUUCGGGCAACCCUGGUUGAUUUGGCCUGGAAGGGAAGGACCUACCUGGGCAGCCUGGUCGGGGAGCAGACGUAUCUGUCAGUGGAGAAGGAUUUCUCUCAGGUUACAGGUGUGGUUGCUGAAAGUGUGGCUAAUCAUCUAAAUGCAGUACUACAGUACAUCUCACAAUUCCUGCAGGCUAAUGAAAUUCAAGUUGAUCUCCCCAUCAGCAAAGUCACCCCAGAAGGACUGAUCUUUAUUGCACAGUGGCUUCUCAAGGUUCUUUUUUGGUACUGCUUAAUUUCUUAUGCCUUCCAGUUGAUUGGUUGGUUGCUCGUACGGCUGCUGAGACUCAUGCUAAAGCUGCUGAGAGUCAUGGUGGCUUGCUUGCUUCCAGGCUGGUCGGGAAAAUUGUUGGCCUGGAGGAGCAAGUUGAAAUCCUGGCCAAACUUGAAGGGGGGAAUAAAAUUGAAAAGAAAAGAAGAGCAGCCAAAAAAAUUGAAAGAUUGAAAUCCCCCAGCUUAUCUUUACCCAAAAGUUGAAUAGAAGGACUCAACAUUCGGCCUUUGUAAUGGAAAAGUGUUAAAACUGAGUUUAUUUACUUGUGUUUUUGCUAAUAGUUAAUCAUGCUUAAUUCUAAUCAUAGUAUAAUAAAGGAUAAAUCUAAUCAAUAUGAUGAGUAAGAUUAUGUUGUUUGAGUAAUGAAAUAAUUUUGAUGCCUUGCUUUUUCACCUAGAUUGUGGGAGCAUUGUUAUGACUAAAGUGCAUCCUUGGCUCUUUCUUUGUGAGUGUGUAAGAUUGUAAAAGACAGAGUCAUAACACAGUCAUAAGGAGAAAUAGUAUGUUUAUAUGUGACUGAGCUAAUGAGAAAUCAUGUUGAAAUAAAACAGCAUAUAAACUGAAUGAGACAUGAUGAAGAACAUAUUCAUGUGUGGCUGAGCUACAGCAUAUAAAUGUACAGUGAAAUACAGUAUAUGUAUGAGAAAAUGUAACUAUUUUAAUGAAUGAUUGAAAUUUUCUUUAGUUAAUCUGUCUGAAAGGUUAUAGAGAGAACAAGAGGGUGUGGCUUAACUUUGGGACAAUGUGAAUGUCAUGUGGGCUGAUGGUGAUGUUAAAGAGGGGAAGCAGAGAUGAGAAUAACAUGUCUAAAAAUGCAGAUGGAAUAAGUUGUUUUUUGUUGGAGAGUGUUGUUGAGUGGAGAAUUAGAAGACCUUGGAAUUCACAGUUAGGAUUUUCUGCAAGAAACCCAGAAGAUUUAACCUUCUUUUUCCAAACCACCAUGGAUUAUAAAUUGGAUUGACUAUUUUGGGGAUUUACUCUGCUCACUGCCACCAUGUUGGUUUGAACGUCGAGGAAGUUUUGGGAACUUUGUACAGAGUUCUCUCUCUUUGAAUGUGCGUCAUUCUGCAUGGUGAGGAAGAGACUCCAUCUGCUGCUAAGGUGUUCUCUCUCUUCUUUUCUUUAACAACAUCAAGAUCAGUAGUAGAUAUUUAGCAACAUU